CGUUUUAAGACACCAAGGUCAUCUCUUAUUCACUUUUCUAAAUAAUUAAAAGCCGGUAUAAAAUGAAUGUUGGUCAACUGACGUCGAGCAGAAUCAUUUGCAACUCAUUGUUAACUCAGUUUGUUAAAAGAACACUGAAAACAACAACAGCACUCAACAUGCCUGCAAAGGUCGGAGAUUCCCUUCCAAACGUCGACCUCUUUGAAGACCUCCCGACCAACAAAGUCAACUUAGCCCAACUGGCAGCCGGUAAAAAAAUAAUCAUUUUUGCAGUCCCUGGUGCUUUUACACCCGGUUGUUCGAAAACUCACCUACCUGGUUACGUACAGAAAGCUGAGGAAUUAAAGGGUCAAGGGAUCAGUGAGAUAUUUUGUGUUUCUGUAAAUGACCCAUUUGUUAUGGCAGCAUGGGCUAAAGACCAAAAAACAACCGGAAAAGUCCGACUUUUGGCCGAUCCUUCAGCCGCUUUUACCAAAGCUUUAGAUUUGACUGUUGAUAUUGCCCCACUUGGGGGCACUAGGAGCAAGAGGUACUCCAUGGUUGUUGACAAUGGCAAAAUUACCUCGCUUCAGGUUGAACCUGACGGCACUGGCUUGACCUGCUCCCUAGCCAAUGCAAUCAAAUUGUAAAGCAACAUGUCUUUGAAGUGCUGUUGUAAUGUUGCAUUAUUUUAUUUUAUCGAGGAUAGGAAUUUAUGGUUGAUAUUUUUAUUAUUAACUAAGUUUUUUAGUUUCUGAUUAAAACUAUUUUCAAGGCUCGUUGCAAGACCAAAUAGCAUUCAUUGAUUAUUAUAGGUUUAAUUAUAGUACUAGUGAUAAUUAAUAAACCGUUACAAAGAA